AUGACAGUGCCAAUAGUGUUGGAGUUCCUCAUGACAGUGCCAGUAAUGUUGGAUUUCCCCAUGGCAGUGCCAGUAGUGUUGAACUUCAUCAUGACAGUGCCAGUGGUGUUGGACUUCCCCAUGACAGUGCUAGAAGUACGAGGGCGUGAGGUGGGUACCCGGGUGUGCCAGCUGAACCCAGAGACGUCUGAAGAACCUGGACCAUCAACACCACCAGAUGGUCCACCACACUCACCCCAACCUGGUCUGAUUCCUCCAUCACCCACCAACGAGAGUACUCCAUCAUCCACCAAUGAGAGUACUCCAUCAUCCACCAAUGAGAGUACUCCAACAUCCACCCCCAAGACUUCUCCAUCACCCACCAACGAGAGUAUGCAAAUUGCUCAAAGUGAUUUUGAAAAAUAUCCUACAACGACCGCCCUUCGUAAUAGAGACGGGUGCUGGCAUUGUUCCUGCUACAGGGUUGUAACUCCAUCUGUGGCGCGGGUGUUGCCUCCACCCCAGUGUGCUGGUGGUGGAGGGGUGGUUCUUGCGUGCUCCGGGGCCUGGCUCGCCUUCCUCGCGGUCACAGGCGCGGCUGAUUGCGCCUAUGAUCCACAGCCAUAUAACCACAGCCCUAUGAUCCACAGCCCCAUGAUCCACAGCUUUACGAUCCACAGCUAUGAUCCACAGCCUAUGAUCCACAGCCCCAUGAUCCACAGCUCUAUGAUCCACAGCUCAUGA